ACCGACACAGGGUUGUUUAUGUGUCGUCUGCUGUCGUCUGCAAUGACAGCCCAAAUUGGCAGGCAUUUAAUGUUUUGUAAUUAAAAAGAUGGGCGUUGUGGAAAUCUGCCCGAAUCAUCUUUGGUCGUGCGUCUCGAUUUAACCGCCGCAAUGUUGGAAUUUCCACAGUUGUGCCGUCUUUGUGCUUCAAAAACUGAAAAUGGCCUGUACAUUUACUGUGAUGAGGGUAAACGGCGGCAGGUGGAGACGAAAAUCAGACUUUAUUUACAUUUCCAGGUACUACCGAGUGACAGCCUACCCAAGAAAAUAUGUGCUUCAUGCUUUGAGGAACUUGAAGGAAUGCACAGGUUUGCUAUAAAUGCCCUCAAAGUUCAGGAUAAUUUAUCAAGAUUGGCUAAAGAAUUGCCAAUGACAGCUAUAGAUGUUUGUAAAACAUUUAUGACAAGUUAUGUCCAUGAACCUGUAGUGAUAAAUGACACCAUAGCAUCACUAACAUCACAGGAAGUAACUGAAAUGGAAGUUCAAGUCGACCCUAUGAUUUUUCUCGAAGAUGAUCAAAGUGAAGACGCUGCACAAGACACUCAAAUAGAUGCAGGAAUGGAGGCUGUUCAAUCAGAUAAUGACCUGCAAACCUUACCACAGAAUGUAGAAAACAAUUAUUUUGGAAAUAAAGACAAUCUCACUGUGCCAGAAGACAAUCUGAAGUCAUCGGAAUCCACAGAAGAAAAGGACAAUACAUGGCACAGCGAACACUCACCUCCUAAUAAUUUUAAGGAAAUCAUAAAGCAGAAGAGUGGGGAAGAUGUAGAUAAGCUUGAAUCUAUCUGUGAACCCAGUGAAGAGCCCCAAUACUCUGCAACUGAAAAGAGGAGCCAAGAGGAGCCAAGCGCCCAGAAUGGAAACCGUGCUGACUUGUGCAACAAAGAAACUACCUCAAUCCAAGAAGAUUUUUCCUCUGAGAUGAAUGUGGAGAAGAAGGCUAAAAAAGCAUCAAGUGUUUCAAAAUGUGCCAAGAAACCUGAAAGAUCUGCUUUAACAGAAAGCAUAAAAUAUACCACGUAUACGUGCCCUAUCUGCAAAAAGGUUUUUAUGAAAAGAGGAUUAUUUAAAGGUCACCUAGAAACACAUAAGACAGACCUCAAAUUCGCCUGUGAAAUUUGCUUAAGAGUAUUUAAAAAAGAAGUCAACCUCAUACGACACAGAAAGUCUCAUUCAGAAUUAACAAUCUUCCCAUGUGCUCAUUGCAACCGGGUCUAUCCUACAAAAAGCACUCUUCGAUCUCAUCUUGUCUCUCACUCUGAUGAGCGGCCCCAUGUUUGUAAUAUCUGCUCCAAGUCAUUUAAACGAAAUCAGGAUUUGAAGUUUCAUUUGAAUCAACAUAAUGGUCUGCGACCGUAUCAUUGUCCAUACUGUACCAAAGCAUUUGCAAGCUCAGGAAAUUGCUUCUCUCAUAGGAGAAGAGCUCACAUGCAAGAAAUUGAAAGAGACCGUGCUCUAAGAAAGAAUUCACUACCUUCAGAUUAAUUGCAGUAUCAUAUAGUUUAUUAAUGAUUUUUAUGAUUGUUUGACCAUAGAGUAUACUAGAGAGACAGUAUUAUCACUUGUAGUCUUAAUGAAGAGUGUAAAAUUUGGGUGAUUGAUUACAUUGAUAGUGGUUAAUGGCUCUAAUUCUAGUCCUGUUCAUCAGUGUUUUCUUCACAAUUCUUGUAGUUUGUUGCAUCUUUUUGUACCUUUGUGACUUGUGACCAAAAAAGCAAGUCUGAAAAGUCUGUGUUGGUGUGUUGAAUGAUGUUCAAAGUAAAAUAAGACGGUGUAGUAUUGUUACUUCUGGAAGGAGCAAGGAUUUGCUUUGAGAAUGUUCUGAAUUAUGUUGCAUUUAUGUAAGUAACACUUUCUUUUAUGUAGACUGUGUUUAAGUCAUCACACUUGUUGUUUUGUCAUAAAAGGUUGUGAAAUAAUCUGUUUUGUUGAUUUGUUUGCUUUCUGUUGAACACUUUUACUUGUGAUAAAUGAUAGAAAUGAGAUGUUGUGAUUCGAGCAUGCCCAGCCAUGUCAGAUAAAAGAGUUAAAAAGUAAAUAACACUUUACUUUUGUUACAGUACCUGUUUUAGUUUUAUCCCAGGAUAAAUAUUUAGAGCUAAGAUUAUGGAUUCAAAUGAACCAUUAUUAUGGAAAACUGGAUGGUGACUUUUUAAUCACCCCAGUUCGGCUGUGUAGCUUUUCCUUUUUUCUCCCUGAUUGUGUCUUCUUUUUAUGGAUUUUUACCCAGUUGAAUCAUAAAUAAUCUGAAUAGAAUUUGAUGAUUUGUGAUAUUUUUAGAAAGGUCCUUAUCCUUUUAUUUGUGAUGUAGUAAUGUUUGUUCCCUUUAAGGUCCCAUACUUCUUGUCUUAUAAUCUAGUCCAUUUGUCUGUUGCCAAAGUUUUUUCACAUUUUUCUUUGUCAACUGAACAGAUGAAUUUUUUCUUCAGAUGACUCUUAUGUUGUACUAACAUUUGUUUGAUGCACUUGAGUGUAAAAUAGACUAAGUCUGUGUCCUUAGAACUGUGCCAACUUAUUUAGUUCUCACUUGUUUCCAUGGUGUCAGAAGAAAGAUAGCUAUGUGUCUAGUGAAAGAAAAAACAUGGCUUUCGUGUCAGUUCAUUUAUGAACUUUGUAAAUGUUGUGAAUACAUUGCUGUGAAAAACAUC